GAUCGAGCUUGAGCUGACUUAACCGCGUUUCACUGCUUCUCGGUCUGCCAGGGACUCCUUCACCAUGGAUUUUAUCAUGACUAUAGACUCUGAUGACGAAAGCCGAGUCAAGAAGCGCUCCAAGAAGGCCCAUGACGAACGCGAAGAGGUCCAACUCAAUGCUGAUUUUCAUUUCGACCUGUCGGGCGACCCGUCCACAGAUAUAUUUUAUCCGGACGAGACAACAGACAUUGUAAACAAUGUACUAAAGCCAGGGCUUAAUUCUGUCUUUAUCGAUGAAAUUAUCGAGAGACGAAAACUUAAGCGUGUCAGUAAAAGGAAAAGAUCGAGCGAGCACAGUUCACAAAGCGGGAGCGACGACAACACUGAGGAUGGAAUGGCUUCCGAGACUUCGGAUGAAUCUGAAGAGGAAAAUGAACCAAGCAGUGGUGACACAGAUUCUGGCGAUUCCUCAUUGGACUGGCAACACGACACGAUCAGCGAAGACGACGACUCCUCAAGCCACUCGGAGAGCGUACUUGAAGCAGACGAAGAUCGUAAAGCGGAAUUUUUUGACACUGUGACACCCCAGGACUCCCAUUCCUCCUUCCUCACCAUGAACCUUUCACGCCCAUUACAAAGAGCGUUGACUAGCCUCGGUUUCGUGUCACCCACUCCAAUUCAGGCCGCUGCAAUCCCAGUUGCCCUCUUGGGUAAGGACGUCGUGGGGAAUGCUGUCACCGGGUCAGGUAAAACAGCGGCGUUCACCAUUCCGAUCCUGGAACGUCUUUUAUACCGAGAAAAGGGCAUACAUGCUGCCGCCACCCGUUGUCUCAUUCUUGUGCCGACAAGAGAGCUUGCAGUACAAUGUUUUGAGGUGGGAUCAAAGCUUUCGGCCUAUACAGACAUCCGGUUUUGCCUUGUGGCUGGGGGUCUCUCACUCAAAUCUCAGGAAGUCGCUUUGCGUGCGCGGCCUGAUAUUGUUAUUGCGACUCCAGGCCGCCUAAUAGAUCACCUCCGCAACUCGCCUUCUUUCACUUUAGAUGCCCUUGACGUGCUUGUACUGGACGAAGCAGAUCGCAUGCUGUCUGAAGGGUUUGCGGACGAGCUAAACGAGAUUAUCAAAUCCUGUCCUGCUUCUCGCCAGACGAUGUUGUUCUCUGCUACCAUGACAGAUUCCGUCGACGAAUUGGUGAAAAUGUCAUUAAAAAAACCAGUGCGCCUCUUUGUUGAUCCGAAACGAACAACCGCUAGGGAAUUGAUUCAAGAGUUCGUCCGCGUCCGCGCCGAGAAAGAGGCGGAUCGGACAGCGUUGCUGGUGACACUUUGCAAGCGAAUAUUUAGGCAGCGGGUCAUCAUAUUCUUUCGGAGCAAGAAGCUCGCUCAUCAAGUGCGGGUGCUGUUCGGUCUGCUGGACAUGAAUGCCGAAGAACUGCAUGGUGACCUUUCACAAGAGCAGCGUUUGAAAGCUCUCCAGUCAUUUCGUGAUGGUCAGGCCGAUUUUCUGAUGGCCACCGAUCUAGCUUCUCGUGGACUUGACAUCACAGGCAUCGAAACUGUCAUUAAUUACGACAUGCCUAGCCAAUUUGAACAAUACCUUCACCGCGUCGGUCGGACAGCGCGAGCUGGGAAAUGCGGGCGGUAUGUGAUAUCCAGCGUCGGAGUUAUUUUUGCUGAAUUGUACAGGUCCGUGACCUUGGUUGGAGAAGGGGAUCGUAAAUUGCUUAAAUCCGUGAUUAAGCAUAACGCUGGGGACGACAACAUUCGACAUCGGAUUGUACCUCCUGAAAUCUUGCGGAGGUGGGCUGACAAGGUAAGGGAGUUGAAGAAUGAGGUUGUGGUGGUUUUGCAGGAAGAGAAGGAAGAGAAGCGGUUGCGACAGGCGGAGAUGGAGUUGAAAAAAGGCCAGAAUAUACUUGAGCACGAGGCAGAGAUCUUUUCAAGGCCUCGAAGAACCUGGUUCCAAACUGAGAAGGACAAGGCGCGAGCAGCAGCCACAGACAAGCAGAAACACGCAGGUGUGCCACCUAGCGACUCCUCCAAACCCAAGAGGGAAAAGUACGCUGGACUCUCGAGAAAGGCCAAGCGCCGUAAAAUAACCUUGGACGCCGAAAAAGAAUCGGGUGAAAAGGGCGCGAUAGACGCUGCAAUACGAUCGGCCAAAAGAGAAGCAAGAGCUGGUAAGAUUAGCAAAAUUCAACCAAGAACCGGUGGACGGAAAAAAGCGAUACCUAAAAUCACUUCGCGAGCUGGGAGCGUGUUCGCUCAGGAUCUAUCAGUGAAGGCGAGGAGAGAGGGCAUACGUGCCAGAAAGGGAGACAAGAUUGGUGGAAUGAGUCGGAAGGGUGGAAGGCGGUAGUUGCACGCUUACACUAUUAGUUACUUGAGGUUUCGCCUGUUU